AUGUGGAGUGAACUGAGACCAAAUGUGUAUAAUAACAAUCAAAUAAAGCACUGUGGAUUAUCAGUUGUGAUGGCAGUAAGGAUAAAACCACCGAUUACAAGAUUUUCUUUAUAUUUGAGAAAAGACUGUAACCUGGCAGCUUCUUUUAGAGACUUAACUAGAAAGUCCUUAUUCCUCUUUGUGGCGUUAGCAACAGCUAAGAGAAUUAGCGAGUUGCAAGCUUUGGAAGUAUUAGGAGGUUUAUUUUUUAAAUUUUUUAAAUUUUUUAUUUUUAUUUUAUUUUCUUUUUCCAAAGAUGCUGGAGACUUUGAGCUGGAGCCAGACCAUGAUGAGCAAGAUGAGGAGGAGGAUGAGGAAGAUCCUGACGCACCAGAUCCUGAUUCAGCUCAUGAGAAUGAGCCCAUACUGGAGCUAGAGCCUGAACGUGAGUUUGAGCACGAGGCAGAGCAUGACGAGCCAGCUUUGGAGUUGGAGCCAGAAGGUGACCUUGAUGCAGAGUCUGAACCAGAGCCUGAGCCAGAGCCAGAGCCAGAGCAUCGUUCAGAACCAGAGUCAAGAGCAAAGUCGACGUCGCCUCCAAGAGAGGAUGAACCUUCUCAGAAAGGGACGAGCUCUUACUCAUCCCCACAUAAAGAUGACGAUUCUUCGGAAGAAAAGGAUUUUGACUCGAGCCACAGGCAGCAUUCCAGGGACAACACUACAGCCAAAGGUGAUGACAUUGCAGUCAAAGAAGAAGUUGAUGAAUAUUACAAAACGGGUUAUGAAGAUGCACCUAUGCAAGAUAUGUCUGUCAAGGAAGAACUUGGAAAUGGAUAUGAAGGUUCUAUGAAAAUUGAGGAAAUUGAUGUAAAGGAGGAGUUACUGGAACCAAAGCAAGAACUAUCUGAUUCAGAAGAUAGACGAGGAGAAAAGAGAAGAGCUCAUUCUCGGUCACGUUCUCCAGAUUCAAAGAAGCAGAGACCAGAAGUUGAAGAAGUGAGAGUGGAAGAUGAACCUGAAUUUGACAAAUCAGCAGUAUUAUUGGAUUGGUAUAACUCGGAUUUAAGUUUGUUGAUUGACCAUGAAGACUUUCUGAGUGCACAGCCAUUAACCACACAAGGCUUUGGCUAUGUAUGGCAUGGAGUGAGAGCCACAUACGGUUUCACAAGGGGAAGGAUUUUCUUUGAGGUGAAGGUUUUGGACUGUUUGCCUGUACCCCACCUGGAAGAAGACGAGCAACACCCACACGUGGUUCGCGUUGGUUGGUCAAUCGAUGAGGCUGGUUUGACACUUGGGGAAGAUCCCUUCAGUUACGGAUAUGGUGGCACUGGGAAGGCUUCCACCAAUUUGAAGUUCAAGGACUAUGGGAAAACGUUUGGUAAAGGUGACGUUGUCGGCUGUUACCUUGAUUUGGAAGCUGAGCCCAUUGUUAUGUCGUUCACUGUCAAUGGAGAGAACCAGGGGAUGGCAUAUGAGAUCUCGCGUAGCACACUCGGUGAAAGGGCCCUGUUUCCACACAUUGUGACCAAAAAUUGCACUUUUAAGGUUAACUUUGGUGCUGAAGAUCCAUGGUUUACUCCUUUGACAAGAUAUACUUAUGUAGGCCACAUAUCACUGCAAGAUAGAGUUUUGGGUGGACAAGGACCAGCAACUAGAGAGGAAGCUGAGGUAAGAGUUGAAGUUUUUUGGUACAACUGCAGUUGCCCUAUGAAAGUUGAGUCUUGACUUGUAGGUCGAGUU